UCUGCGCCUUCCGCGCCUCCCGCGCCCCCCGGGCUCGCGAUCGGGUCCUCCGGAGCGGGAAGAUGGCGACGGACGGAGCGAGCCGCGAGCCCGACUUGUCGUGCGCCCCGGAGGACGCGGCGGGGGCCCCGGCGGAGCCCGCGAAAAAAGAAUUUGAUGUGGAUGCCCUCAGUAAACCAGAGCUUCGUAUGCUCCUGAGUGUGAUGGAAGGGGAGCUGGAAGCCAGAGACCUGGUCAUUGAGGCCUUGAGGGCACGCCGGAAGGAGGUGUUUAUCCAGGAACGGUAUGGAAGAUUUAAUUUAAAUGACCCAUUCUUGGCACUCCAGAGAGACUAUGAAGCAGGUGCCAGUGACAAAGAGAAGAAGCCGGUUUGUACCAAUCCGCUUUCUAUCCUUGAAGCUGUCAUGGCCCACUGCAGAAAAAUGCAAGAAAGAAUGGCUGCACAGCUAGCUGCUGCUGAGAGCAGACAAAAGAAGCUGGAGACGGAAAAGCUGCAGUUACAAGCACUGGAGCAGGAGCACAAGAAGCUGGCAGCCCGCCUGGAGGAGGAGCGCAACAAGAACAAGCAUGUGGUGCUCAUGUUGGUCAAGGAGUGCAAGCAGCUGUCAGGUCGUGUCCUCGAAGAGGCCCAGAAGCUCGAUGAGGUCAUGGGCGAGCUGGAAGAGGAGAAGAAGAAGAGCAGUGCGCUGGAGGAUGAGCUCUCGGCUGAGAAGCGGAGAGGCACCGAGAUGGAAGCACAGCUGGAGAAACAGCUGUCUGAGUUUGACACUGAGCGUGAGCAGCUGCGGGCCAAGCUGCAUCGGGAAGAAGCACACACCGUGGACCUCAAGGAAGAGAUAGACAAGAUGAAGAAGAUGAUUGAACAGUUGAAAAGGGGACAAGACAGCAAGCCCAGCCUCUCCCUUUCCAGGAAGACAAAAGACAAGCGUGCAGUCUCUGUCUCCGUGGGGACAGAAGGACCAGUGACCCACUCUGUGGCUUGCCAGACAGAUCCAUUGACAGACAGUGCCGACCCAGCAAAGAAGUUACCUUUGACCAUGCCAGUCAAGCCCCCUGCAGGAAGCCCCCUUGUUUCUGCAAAUGCAAAAGGGAGUGUGUGCCCUACUCUGGUCAGGCCAGGCGUUGACAAGCAGGCCUCCCAUGGGGAUCCCCCUGGCUCCUCUCUGCCCACAGUCCCUCCUCCUAGUGCAAACAGACUGGAGGAAAAUGGCCCCAGCCCUGGCCCUCCUGGCCCAAGCCCAGACCUAGCAGGGAGCACAGCCCUGCCUCCUCCUGCAACACAGCCCCCUGGCCUGGCUCCCCAGGCCUACCAGCCUGCUGCACCCGUGCACGGUUUACAUUCACCAUGUGCCAAUGCAUCUCUGCACCCGGGCCUGAACCCCCGUGUCCAGGCCGCCAGGUUCCGAUUCCAGGGCAAUGCCAACGACCCCGACCAAAACGGAAACACCACACAGAGCCCACCUUCCAGAGAUGUCUCUCCCACAAGUCGUGACAACCUGGUGGCCAAGCAGCUGGCUCGCAAUACCGUGACCCAGGCUCUGUCGAGAUUCACCAGCCCUCAAGCAGGAACACCCCCAAGGCCAGGAGGACCCCCCACGGGGGAUUUGAGCACCCACCCUCCAGUUGGUCGGACCAGUUUAAAGACUCCCAGUGCAACUCGAGUUGACAGAGGAAACCCGCCUCCUAUCCCUCCCAAAAAGCCAGGGCUCUCCCAAGCCCCUUCACCCCCACACCCCCAACUCAAGGUUAUCAUGGAUAGCAACAGGGCCUCCAAUGCGGGGGCCAAAGCUGAUAGCAAAAGUGUGGCUUCGCCUCCUUCCACCUUGCCCCAGGGGAGCAGGGUCAUAAACGAGGAGAAUCUCACUAAGUCAUCCUCCCCUCAGCUGCCACCAAAACCGUCCAUAGAUUUAACUGUGGCACCUGCCGGCUGUGCCGUUUCAGCCCUGGCCACGUCUCAGGUGGGUGCUUGGCCUGCUGAAACCCCUGGACCGAACCAGCCUGCAUGUUUAGAAAGUUCCCUUGUCCUUCCCACCACCAUUGCCUUUCGCUCCCCCAUAAACCCUGUUAGUGCUACAUCCUGUAGAGCAAGUGCCUCAGACAGCCUCCUGGUAACAGCAUCAGGCUGGUCACCCUCCCUAACCCCUUUGCUAAUGAGUGGUGGUCCUGCCCCCCUGGCUGGCAGGCCCACCCUUCUUCAGCAAGCUGCUGCCCAGGGAAAUGUCACUUUAUUAUCAAUGCUGCUUAAUGAAGAAGGACUGGACAUUAAUUACUCCUGUGAAGAUGGCCAUUCUGCCUUGUAUUCUGCUGCUAAGAAUGGACAUACAGACUGUGUGAGAUUGCUGCUGAAUGCAGAAGCCCAAGUCAGUGCUGCUGAUAAAAAUGGCUUCACACCCUUGUGUGCAGCGGCUGAGCAGGGACAUUUCAAGUGUGUAGAAUUAUUAAUUGCAUAUGAUGCUAACAUUAAUCAUGCUGCUGAUGGAGGACAGACACCUCUAUACCUGGCCUGUAAAAAUGGAAACAAAGAAUGUAUUAAACUCCUGCUGGAAGCUGGAUCUGACCGAAGUAUAAAAACCACAGAUGGCUGGACACCAGUUCAUGCAGCCGUAGACACUGGUAAUGUGGACAGUCUCAAACUUCUUAUGUAUCAUAGAGCACCAGCUCAUGGAAACUCUCUGAAUGAGGAGGAACCUGAGUCGUGUGUCUUUGAUUUGGAUCGUGAAGAGAAUUCUAAAGGGUCAUCCAAGCCCAUUGUUCCUGCGGACCUCAUUAACCACGCUGACAGAGAGGGCUGGACUGCUGCUCACAUUGCUGCUUCCAAAGGGUUCAAGAACUGCCUAGAAAUCUUAUGUAGGCAUGGAGGGCUGGAGCCAGAAAGGAGAGAUAAAUGCAAUCGGACUGUACAUGAUGUGGCCACUGAUGACUGCAAACAUUUGCUGGAGAAUCUGCAUGCUCUGAAAAUACCCUUAAGGAUUUCAGUGGGUGAAAUUCAACCAGACAGCUAUGGUUCAAAUGAUUUUGAAUGCGAGAACACAAUAUGUGCUUUAAAUAUUCGCAAGCAGACAUCAUGGGAAGAUUUUUCAAAAGCAGUGAGUCAAGCUCUGACAAAUCAUUUCCAGGCAAUCUCUUCUGAUGGAUGGUGGAGCCUGGAUGAUAUGACAUCUAAUGAUACCGCAGACUCCAGCAUCGGCCUCGGUGCAAGCAGCGUGCGAUCCAUCAUGCUAGGAAAUGUGCCAUGGUCAGCAGGUCAGAGCUUUCCUCUUUCCCCGUGGGACUUCAUGAGGCAGAAUCAUGCAGAGCACAUCACUGUGCUUUUGUCAGGUCCUCAAGAAGGCUGUCUCUAUAGUGUGACAUAUGCAUCCAUGAUCCCUCUUCAGUUUCUGCAGAACUACCUCAGGCUGGUUGAACAAUAUCGUAAUGUCAUUUUUCAUGGCCCAGAAGGAAGCCUGCAGGACUACAUAGCCAAUCAACUUGCCCUCUGCAUGAAGCACAGACAAAUGGCUGCAGGAUUCUCCUGUGAAAUAGUGAGAAUUGAAGUGGAUGCUAGUGUCUCUAAGGAACAACUGGUAGACAUGUUCAUCAGUAGUGCAUGUUUAAUCCCAGUGAAACAAUCACCUGUCAACAAGAAAACCAUUGUUAUCUUAGAAAAUCUGGAAAAAUCUUCAUUGUCAGAGUUAUUGGGGGACUUUUUGGCACCUCUGGAAAAUCGCAGCACUGAAAGCCCCUAUACUUUUCAAAGAGGAAAUGGGACAGUGGAAUGUUAUUACUUUCAUGAGAACUGCUUUCUGAUGGGAACCAUUGCCAAGGCCUGUCUCCAGGGCUCCGACUUGCUGGUGCAGCAACAUUUUCGCUGGGUACAGCUUCGGUGGGAUGGAGAGCCCAUGCAGGGGCUGCUGCCUAGGUUCUUACGGAGGAAAGUGAUGAAUAAGUUUAGAGGUCAGCUACCUUCUCCCUGUGACCCUGUGUGCAAGAUUGUCGAUUGGGCCCUGGCUGUAUGGUGCCAACUCAACUCUUGCCUCGCUCACUUGGGCACCCCUGAAGCACUCCUGGGGCCAAAGUAUUUCCUGUCUUGCCCUGUAGUCCCAGGACAUGCCCAAGCAACAAUGAAGUGGAUGUCCCAGCUGUGGAACACUGUCAUCGCUCCCAGAGUUCAAGAAGCAAUAUUGUCAAGAGCCUCUGUAAAAAGACAGCCUGGCCUUGGGCAGACAACAGCCAAAAAACACCCCAAUCAAGGACAGCAGGCUGUGGUUAAAGCUGCCCUGAGUAUUCUGCUGAAUAAAGCUGUUCUGCAUGGCUGUCCCCUCCAGAGAGCAGAGUUAGACCAGCAUACUGCUGAUUUCAGGGGAGGAAGUUUCCCUUUAUCCAUAGUCUCUAGUUACAACAGUUGUAGCAAGAAAAAAGCAGAAAGUGGUGCAUGGAGAAAGGUGAGCACAAGUCCUCGCAGGAAGUCUGGCGGCUUCUUUUCCCCCAUCUGGAACAAGCCUGACAUGAGCCAGGAAGGCAUCAAAAAUAAGACCUUAUCACAGCUGAAUUGUAACAGAAAUAUUUCUCUGUCAAAACAAAAGUCUUUAGAAAAUGAUCUAUCAUUGACAUUGGAUCAAAGACUCUCUCUGUGUUCUAAUGAUGAAACAGAUCUUGUUAAAGAACUUCAGAGUAUGUGCUCCAGCAAAUCUGAAUCUGACAUAAGCAAGAUUGCUGAUUCCAGGGUUGAUUUGAGGAGAUUUGGUAGUUCAGGAAACAACCCUGAAUUUUCAGUAACAGCCAGUAAUACGAGAAUUCCAGUGUCACAAAAGGUCAGUCCUCUCAGCAGCCAUCAAAUGACCGAAUGCAGCAACAAUAAAUCAAAGACUGAGUUGGGUGUAUCAAGAGUUAAAUCUUUCCUUCCUGUUCCUCGAAGUAAAGUCACCCAGAGUUCCCAGAACACCAAAAGAAGCAGCAGCAGCAGUAAUACAAGGCAAAUAGAAAUCAACAACAACUCAAAAGAUGAGAUUUGGAACUUACGCAAAAAAGAAGUAGAAAAACAUAACAAAUAGGCCUGCCUACAAUAUUCUCACUCUUACCUUGUGUAUAUUUCACACAGAAUCCAAGGAUAACUAGAUGUAAAUACCUUUAAACAACUACCAAUGUUUUCACUGUAAUAUAAAAGUAUGAGUGCGGGACCACUAUUCAAUCUUUUGUAAAAAAUGUAUUUAUAACCAACAUUUUGUUGCUUUUUUUCCAAUUCUGUAGGAUUAAAUUUCAAUACCAAGAAGUCAUGCCAACUUUUGGAGUAGUUUUAUAAUAGAAAAAUUGUAAUAGUUUUAACCAACAUAUUCAGGGUUCUUAAAACAACUGUGUGUACUGUAUGUCUAUAGCUACAUAUAUAUAUGUACAUAUGUAUAUAUGAUGUAAGUACAUGGCAAGUGGCAUAAUAGGUUACAAAAUAUAUAUAAUAUUCACUUAAUUAAUAUGUAUCAUUUUAAAUGGAGAUCAUAAUUUUAUGUUAACUUGAGUAACAACUAGAAA